CUGGGAUCCCCAUUUGAAACCAGCAGAGAAAGAAACUGCAUCAUUUUCUCCUGAAGAAGUCAUCCUUUCAACGCUAUUACCAAUUAUUUUCCAUAGAGUGAGAGAUCGGAAUGACUGUUGCUGCUGGAAUUGGGUACGCAUUGCUGGCGUUGGGUCCUUCUCUCUCGCUAUUCGUUGCAGUUAUCUCCCAAAAGCCAUUUUUAGUACUAACUCUUCUCUCAAGCACAUUGGUCUGGUUGACAAGCCUGAUCGUAUUGUCUGCGCUAUGGAAAGCAUUCUUACCUAUCGAAAAGGCAACAUGGUGGCCUUAUGCACUCAUUCUCUUCAGUUCAGUGGCGUUUCAAGAAGCCCUCCGCCCUUUCCUCUGGCGAUUGUACCAGAGGCUUGAAGAUGUAUUAGAUGCCUUUGCAGAUAGAAUCUCCAAACCACGCCUUUUUAUCACGGAUAAGAUGCAAAUUGCUCUUGCCUGUGGUAUGGGUCAUGGUCUGGCACAUGCUAUAUUCUUCUGCCUAAGCCUCCUGACUCCUGCAUUUGGGCCGGGGACUUAUUAUGUGAAACAAUGCUCCCAGAUGUCAUUUUUCUUGGUAUCCGCAAUAAUAGCUCUUGCCUUUGUUACCAUCCAUACAUUCUCGAUGGUCAUUGCAUUCAAUGGAUAUGCAGAAGGGAAUAAACUGGAGCAAUUUUUUGUCCCAGUAGCUCAUCUUAUUGCGGCGAUGUUUACACUCAUAAAUCUUGCUCAAGGGGGUUGUGUUGUUGGUAUUCCUUUGAUCUAUUCCGUGGCAGUGCUAGCUUUGGGGUACUCCGGGAAAAUGGUGUUCAAGAGGCUUGCUGAAAGCAGGAGCGGGCAAGCAAACUCAUUAUAACUGCACGAGUAGUUUCUUUCCUCUCCCCGCGGGUGACGUUUUGAACUCGUACAGAUGUAAGUACUUUUUUUGGCUUUCUGGCACAAUGGAGGACAUUUUGCUUUUGGCGAUUGUUUUUUAAUUUGUGGGUUAUUUUUCUUUUCCAGGAAAAUAAUCCACAAAGAAAAAAAUCGCGAGUUAAUACUUGUUUUAGUCCCUGUAAAUGCACUCACGAGUAUAUUUAGUCCCUGUAACAAAAAAAUGUGAAUCAAGUUAGUCCUUUAUUCGAAAAUUUAUCUACUAAAAUUUUAGGUUGCCAUGUUAAUUGUAACAAAAACUAAUACAGAGGGUUAUUGCUCUUGCGUCAAUUAAUGUGCUAAGUCAGCAGAUAAAUUUUAUUCGAAGGACUAACUCAGAAUUCACAUUUUCUUGCUAGAGGGACCAAAUUGACUCGCGAGUGCACUUACAGGGACCAAAAUGAGUAUUAACUCAAAACAAAACAUCAAUUUUCAUGCACAAGUACUGAGAAGUUGAAAUUCUAGAUGUAAUAUACAAGCAAAAGCAGUCAUAGGUUGCAAUGUUGCACCAUUAUGUAUACUCUCAAAACUCUUGUGUGAAGACUGAAGAGAACUCUGCGCUCCAUUCACUUAUAAUAUUUGCCCUGUGAAACACGCGAAGUCAUUCUGGUCCUUGUU